AUGAAGCUCUCAACUACUGCUAUCUUAGCCUUUGCCUCCACUGUUCUCGCUGACAACUGGUCUACAUAUCCAGCUGUGCCCAAAACCGCUUCCAUUAAUGGUUUGGCUGAUCCUAUCAACGAUAAGUUGCCUGAAUGUGCUAAGGAGUGCUUUGCUAAAGACACUUCCUCAACUCCAUGUCCUUACUGGGAUACUGGCUGCCUCUGUGUUAUGCUGCCUUGGACUCAACCAGUGGGAACCUGUGUUGCUGAAAAGUGUAAGGGCGACGACGUCAAGAGUGCUACCUCUUUGGCCAUCAGCGCCUGUAAGUCAGCAGGUGUAUGGGACCCAUACUUUAUUGUUGGUGACGAGGUUUCUUCUCUCUUGGCUUCUGCUGCUGAUGUCUCGCCAGCCGUGACUCCUGCUCCAUAA